AUGGAGAGCGUUGAUGUGGUGGUCAUUGGAGCCGGAUGGUCUGGACUGGCUGCUGCAAAGACCUACAUCGAGCUUCAUCCGUCCGCCACAGUCGUCGUUCUCGACGAUGCAGACACGGUGGGCGGAGUGUGGGCAGAGCAUCGCCUGUACCCAGGGUUGGUAUCGAAUAACAUGCUGGGUACCUACGAGUACAGCGACUUUCCCAUGGAUGAAUAUUACGGUGUCAAGCCCGGCCAGCACAUUCCUGGCACCGUGGUUCAUGCGUACCUCAGGAAUUAUGCCCAAAGGUUUGGGGUACUGGCCCGUAUCAGGUUCAACUCGAAGGUUGAGAGUGCCGAACGCAAAGAGGGCGCCGGCUGGGUUCUUACAGUCGUAUCAGGUGAUCAACGGAGCCAGCUUUCUACAGCCAAAUUAGUCGUCGCCACUGGAAUGACUUCCCAGCCUUUUAUGCCAGCACUGGAGGGCAGCGAGAAAUUUGCUGCUCCAAUCUUCCACAGCAAGGAACUUCGCAAAUACGCCGACUUACUCAAAACAGCAAAAAGUGUUGUCGUUUUUGGAGGCACCAAGUCUGCAUGGGAUGCCGCAUAUGCGUAUGCUACUGCUGGUGUGGAGGUGAACAUGGUCAUUCGACAGUCUGGCCAUGGGCCCGUUUGGAUGGCUCCUCCAUAUGUCACCCCACUGAAGAGGUGGCUGGAAAAGCUUGUUCAUACUCGCUUUCUCACAUGGUUUAGUCCUUGUAUCUGGGGAAAUGCCGAUGGGUAUUCUGGUGUUCGGAAUUUCCUUCACGGAACCGCAUUUGGACGUAAGAUUGUCAACACGUUUUGGGCAAUUCUCGGCAACGACGUCACCACCCUCAAUGGGUACGACAAGCACCCAGAGACGAAGAAGCUGAAACCUUGGACCGAUUCCUUUUAUACUGGAAGUAGUCUAGGCAUCCUCAAUUAUAAAACAAACUUUUUUGAUCUUGUGCGCCAGGGGAACAUCAAGGUCCAUGUUGCUGAUAUCGACUCGCUUUCGGACAGGAAGGUUCACCUCUCAGACGGCAAGACACUCACGACAGAUGCUCUUGUGUGUGUGACUGGGUGGAGACAUCAUCCACCUAUUAAGUUUCUUCCCGAGGGUACGGAUGACAGGCUUGGCCUGCCGCAUUUCUCGAAGCAGCCUGACCAAGAGAUCCGAAAGGCAGAGAACGAGAUCCUUACACGUUUCCCACGUUUGAAGAUUCAACCAGCUUCAAGCCCGAACGCCAAACCGAUGAUUGCACGUCCAUCGAACUCUCCGGCUGCGAUUCAGCCAAACCAACCUUACCGUCUGUACCGAUUCAUGGUACCACCGGCUCUCAUCGAUGAUCGGAGUAUCGCCUUUGCUGGUGCCCUGAUGACUGUUAGUACUCCUCUGAUCGCUCAGACUCAGGCGCUAUGGCUGUCUGCAUACUUUGACGGCAAGAUCAACCCUAAGGACGACAUCACUUACGAGACAAUUUUGCAUUCUCAAUUUGGGAAGUGGAGAUGUCCCGCUGGCUAUGGUGCACGCUUCCCAGAUUUCGUAUUUGAUUCUCUUCCAUAUCUCGAUCUCUUGUUGUCAGAGCUAGGCUUGAAGGCUCACCGGAAGCAGGGAAGGAUGGCUGAAUGGUUUACGCCCUACGGACCGGAAGAUUACGGAGAUUUAAUCGGAGAAUGGAGGGCCAAGAACACGAAGAUCUAA